CGAAGAGUUAAGAACACAUCAGUUAAAAUAUCUAACUACACAAGAAGUGAACAAUCCACGACGGAGAAAGUGGCUAUACCCACCACACUUGAAGAAGAAACGAGAGAUUUGCUCUUUGUGAUUGAUUUGGCACUGAAUAUAAUGCCACCACCCAUUACGAAUAUCAGUGCUUAUAAAAAUUCUUAUAUAUUAGUCUUAUCAAAUUACAAGAACCCUGUUCAUACGUCAACUGGACUUUCAAAUACAUUACGUGAAGCUUUAAAAAAACACGUUCAGGUCUCAUUUUUCACUAUCGAGAGUCCGAUGACUGAUGAAGUCAGUCCGCACUAUGAAAUUAGUUCAACACUAACCAACGCGACAGGUGGUGUAUAUCUUCCGAUAAACGACCUUAAUUAUUCAGUGCUUCGGUACAUAUGUGAUGAAUUAAUACAUAAAAGGAUUCUGGUGGAUAUAAAAGUAUUUCAUGCGAACUAUGAGCCAAUAUCCGUGAUUGGGUUUACAGUGGAUAAGCAAUCAGAAGAGUACAGUAUAAUUUUAAUCGGAGGUAGAGCUGAAUUGUUAUCAUUAACAAAUUAUAGGAAUGAGUCUAUAAAAUAUACGCACAUACCUUUGUCUCAAUCUGUGGACACAGGAGCUUUUAAUGCUAAUACUGGUUUAAAUUUCGCUUAUGUCACGUGUGAAGGGAGAUGCCAAGUUAUAAUCAGAGCUACUUCAAGACUGAGAUUCACACCUGGGGUGUAUGCCGAGCCACCGUCAUCUAGAAGCAAACCAUUUGCUUCUCCACUAACAUACAUCAGCUCGUAUUUAUCAAUUGAAGUUAAUAAAUACAAUGAAAAUAUCGAUAUAUUAUCGGCCGAAGUAUAUAAUUACAAGAAUUGGUCUCAAUCACUCAAAAUACAUAAGCUGUACAACAAUUUCUACGCAUCAGGCGAACCGAUAUUAUUUACAAAAGAUCUAAUUGGAAUAAGGAUUAACGGUGUCAUUGACGACUCAGAUGAAACUUUUACGAGCAUCUACCCGCGAUUAAUUUCACCGUUUGAUGAGAACGAUUCGGUAAAAACCACAGUGAAUAUAACAAUUGGAGAUCAUUUGACCUUGGAAUGUUCGGGAUUAGCUGGUGAAUGGAUUUUCUUUUCUUCCAGUCAGACUAUACCACUGUGUCUAAAUACCGGAAUACAUCAUUUCGAAAUAAAGCGGGCUGCACUCGAAGAUGCUGGCUUAUAUCUGUGUAAAAGGAAUAGUAAAAUCAUUACGUCGUAUAAAGUACAAGUGCAAGUGCCGCCCACUAUUAGCAGAGUUAGCAAAAGAUUGAUAAUCGCAGUGAUCGGUGAUCCAGUUGUAGUGAUCCCAUGUCUUGCCACUGGCAGUCCUGAACCCAAAGUAACUUGGUCGAUUAAUGGAACUAAAGAAUGUACCAAGUGUACAACUGUAAAUAAUUCUUUGGUUAUACAUAAUAUAACAGCCGAUUCGGCUGGUAGUUACACAUGUAAGGCACAAAACUCCCUUGGUUCAGCGUGGGAAAACUUUGUUAUUACUGUACAAGGAGGACCUUCACAAUUACAGAUACGCAAGACUUUAGUUAUUAUUAAGGAUAAAAAAAGUAAUAUCGACUGUAACAUACCGCAUUCAGAAGACGAAACCCUGAGAUGGUAUCGAGACGGACACUUUCUUAUGAAUGGAACUUUAACACUCUAUGGACGCUUACAAGAUUCCGGAGUGUAUACUUGUCGUGUUACUAGAUUAACUGGCAUCACGGAGUAUACAGUUAAUUUAACUGUCUGUUCACCACCGCAGUUUAUCCAGCCGGAGCCUUCAAUUGUUUCUGCUAAUACUCUAUUACGCUGUCAUGUAACUGAAUUUGGUGAUAUUAAGUUUACUUGGACAAAAGAUGACGUUAAAUUGAAAGUAAGCGAACCGAUGUUGAUUGCUAAGCAACCCGGGUUUUACACUUGUAAAGUGACGUCAUAUUGCGGAUCGAUAUCACGCCAAUUUGAUGUCGUUAAAGGUGGUUGUGUAUUGAAUGUUGACAGUGAUUUUGAUGGCGUAAAGCCCUUUAUUUUGCAUUCAAAGGGAGACUUGCUCUCUCCAAUGUAUAACACUCUAAACGACGCUGUUUAUAUUCGAAGUGGAAAAUCGGUACGCUUUAACUGCGGUUUAAACAUAAGUCUUUACCAUGACAAGCAAAUUUUAUCGGACAAAUUCGUGGAAGGUGUUUGCCUAAAAGAUUCUCUUUUUAAAAUUAAUAAGCGUUCGUAUGAUUUUAAAAACUUAUCCUGUGAUGGGAGGUUAAGUAAAAUAGUACGCAAUGAUGAAGUAAACUGUGGACUGAAAAGAAGUUUAAAAAAUAUUAAUUAUUAUUUUGGGUUCAUCUCGGUACAUCUAUACGAGGUAUGUAUGACCCAGUUAGAACCUGUUUAUGUAAGACACAGACUGAACAAAGCAAAGGCCAAUAAGAUACCAACGCUUAAAGAUUCACCUACACUGUCCGACAAGCUCCAUUAUCUCGAAAAUAAGUAUUUCUGCGAUAACAAUGAUUCUGGCUUUUGCUUUAAAAGUAGACAACUACUAAACGCAAUAGAUGUAUAUCCUGGCCAAGCUUUUACUACAACAUUUUCGAGUUAUAAUAUAGUACCUGAGUGGAGACACCAAUGGUCUAAUUGGAAAGAGCUAGAAAAGCGCGUUCGAGUGAUACCAAAUACAAUACACAAAACUGCUGAGGUGUAUGUUUAUAAUGGUGUGAUUCACACUAGUAAUUUAAAUAAAGACCUCAAAACAAAUCUCAAUACGAAGGACAAUUAUACAGUCGUUUACACCAAUAUCAACAACCAAAAAAAUAUUCUACCCGCACCAAUGUUUUUGUUCAAGGCUGUACACAACUUUAAAGAUCGUACGGGAGUAGCGUUUAUACAAUUAAAUAUUCCCAACGUGACAAAGGAAGAAGCUGAAAAAUAUGUGUUUUGCCUCGACAUUUGUAAUGAAAUUGAGUGGUUGAAAAAUGUAGAUUGGAAAAAUCCGAAGCGGGGCUAUAUUUACUGUUGUACUAUCAGAGAAUUUAAUUUAUUAUUUAGCAAUGUAGUUUUCAUAAAACAAGUCAAGGGAAUCUUAAAGAAAAUUUAAAAUAAAAUUAUCAAUAACUGAAAAAAAUAAUAUACGAGUACACCUUAUUAAGUGAUCACUGCAGGGAUCGGGUCUCGAAAUAUAGACUAGUGUGUUUAGGAUACAAUGUUAGAUAAGAUUUAGCGCAAACGUAUACCAAAAUCUAAAACGUUUCUGACUAACGGGAGACAUAGUAAGCCCUGAGUGUGGACUCUGAAUCUUUUCCUUAGUAUUUGCUGAUAUAAAAUCAUCCAUGUUAUCGCUUAUAUUGUUAUAAAAUAAUGAAAAAUUCUACUAAUGUAAUAAUU